ACGAAAAACUGUAUUAAGGGGUCGCGGCACUAGAAAGGUUGAGAACCACUGCCCCUAGUACUUGGAGUUACUCUAGUCAAGUCGUUUUAAACAAAGGAAUUCAUCUGAGCUUAUUAUCGGUUGUGUCGGUUCUGAAAUAUUAACUUACUGUGGCGCGAGAGAAUUGCUGAAAACAAAACCUAAAAAAGAAAUGUAUCCAAUAAGACUGAGCGUACCCCCCUCUCUUAUGGAGGACUGGAAAUGGCUGGGUGUGUAAAAGGGAGGUGGUGGGUGAGGCGAGGAAGUCAUGAAACCUAAAACUCGCAAGUGACAAUCUCCAAAGGGAAACCACUCGGCUAAAGAACUCAUUGCAGACGGUCAAUUCGAACUGAGGAAAAGUUGACUCGUACCAUUCAGACGUGGGAUCUUAACGUUUUCUUGUUGAGAGAAGGUACGUAGUCAUACGAUUUUAACGUCUUACAAUUAUUCUUUAAAGUAAAAUUCCUAUUUUUUUCCUGUUGCUAGUUUUUAUUAUUUAUGAUAGCUUAAAAAUAAUUAUUAUACAGAGGGGUGGUUGAAUGAUAGUGAUAAUAGUCAUAUAGGUUUUAUAUAUUCCAUAGGGGGUCGUUCCUAUAGAACGUCUUGCUAUUUUUUUACAAUUACCCCCCUCCCCCCGUAACAAUCUGUCACAAAUCACAGAAUCCGCGCCCCCCAUGUACGUAAAACUUUCGUCACUUUCAAACUAAACUAUUGUUAAAAAAUAUUAAAAAAACUAAUUAAAAUUUAAUCUAAAAAAAACAUUUCACACUUAAACUAUUAGAUCUAAGUUUAUAAAAGUGACAUCUUCUGUCAGAAUACAUAGGCCUACAUCACAACCGAAAUUUCAACAUCACUGUCAUUUUAAGUUUUUAUGUGUUUUUUUUUUUUUUAAUGUUUGUCGUCACACAAGAUCGUUGUCACAGCAGCCUACUAAAAUUAAAAAGCCAAAAAAAUUGCAGAAGAGCUCAAUACCGUCAUCAAUAUCCCAUUAUUAUUAGUUAAAGUAAUUUUUCAAAACUUUUUUUUUUUUUUUUUUGGUGCCAUGCCCCCGCCCAAGCCUUUCUAAAAUUCGUAUGCCCCCAUGCAUCAUGUACAUACUUUUUUUAAUAUUCAAAAAUAGGGCUGUUCACUGAAGAAACUUAAAUGAUAGGUUUUAGGAAGACAUCACUAGGAAAUUGGCGAGGAAACAUAGUAACUUUUCAAAACAUGUAGACCUACUGGAGAAAUGAAAUUCACUUUUAACGAACGCUUAUUUUAAAUUGAGGCUUUAACGAUUCUCCUUUUAAAGUUAAAUCAUUAGCAGACAAUUGGUUUUCGAAUUCUAGACAGCUCAUUUUCGAAUUGCCCCUGUAAACAAUCAAAAUGCCCCCCCACCACCCCCCGUGGGGUGUGGGCCCUACGUUGGGAAACACCGAGUUAAAGCCUUGUUUUCCAGACACUAAAAAUAGACAAUAAAAUUUUACGUCAUUAUUAUUAUUUCGUUUUUAAACUAUGUAAGCAAAAGAAUGAAGUCAACAGAUGAAAUUAAUGUUUUGACGGUUCUUAUUCUCUAAGACAUGUGUGGGGCUGACUUGUUAAAUUAUUGUUAUUUUAUGCAUAAUAAUUGUUAUGGCCCUCAAAUAUUGAUUUCCGUUUUAAUUUUAUUUAUAUAUAUAUUUUUUUAUCCUUUAUUUUGACAAAUGAGUAAUAUUUAAGAAACAACCGUUUCGGCACAAAGAGUUGGUCGCCUUUGACAUUCCAUACGUUUGUGUCGUUUGUGUAUUAUUAUUUUUUUAAAUUAUUAUUCGAGCCGGUCAAAAUAAUAAACUCUGGGAGGAUAGUGUCUGCUAAUCAAACAGAAACAUCGGCCAGCAGACGGCCACGGGAAAUUAACUCUGUUUGUGUCAAGAUUCAAGGGCUAAAAGCUCUUGUCUCUUAUCAUUUUAUUGGCGUCGUAGUAAAGGGAGAGAGUGGUGUGUGGAUUCGGGUCGGCUUCUGUUUCCCUUGCUAGCUUUCCAGUGUCGGACUUUGCUUGAGAAGGGGGCGCGAACAAAAAGAGAGGGGGGGGGGGAAUAGAAAUAUAGAAUAAGAGAAUCAGAGAUUGUAUUUAAAUUGAAUGACAGGGAUCAAAGAAUGCGUUAAUAGUGAUUGAAGAGUAUCAAAGAUCGAGAGGGAUUUAGGGAGGGAGAGAGCGACAGUAACUACAAAACAAGAUAUUUAGGAAUCUGUGAGAGGUCUUCUGCAAAAUUCUACUGCAGGAGAUAUCUGCAUCUAAUUCUUCCUUAUGCAUGAUUCAUAGUAUUCAUACGCUAUCAUUAUACUACAGGGGCUAUAAUUUAUAAUGUGCAUGAUCUUCCCUUGAAACAAGUCAUAAAAAUCUUCUUCUAGUUGCUUGUUCGUGUUUAUGUGUGCAAAAUUACUAUUGAUUCAAAUUAUUUAUUAAUUAAAGUAAGUAUUUAUAAACAAUAUUUCUUUAUUAACAUUAUUGUAUAUUAACAUUAUUAUUUAUUAAAAAUUAGACUCUAUUUAUAAAACAACUUAUUUAUUAAAAUUAUUAUUUGUUAAAAUUAUUUAUUUAUUGAAAUUUUUUAUUUAUUAAAAUUAUAAUUUAACAAAGUUAUUUAUUAAUUCAAAUUGUUAUUUAAUAAGAUUAUUCAGCUACUCUUUAUCUUCAUACAUUCUCCGUAUCAAACACUGGUUGGAAGCAGACACAUUGAGACACAAUGAGUAUUACUGAGAAUACGGGAGACUCAUUUUCGCUAUCUGUAUUUCUUUGAAAGAAAUUUCGUCGACGGAAAAUUGAUCGAACGGAAAUUUAAUCGAAUCUUUUUUUUUUUUUUUUCAGUUCAAACGUUAUAAUUUUACGUCAAAUUUUUUUUUGAACGCAUUAUUUUUGUGUUAUAAUAAUAUAGUAUUGUGCGUUUAAAAAAGAAAUUUGACGUAAAAUUUUAACGUGUGAACUUAAUCAAAGUUUAGACAAAAUUUCCGUUCGAUCAAAUUUUUCGUUAUCUGUAUUUUUUUGAAAUAAAUUUUUUUUACUGAAAAUUGAUCGAACGGAAAUUUAAUCGAAUCUUUUUUUUUUUUUUUCAGUUCAAACGUUAUAAUUUUACGUCAAAUUUCUUUUUGAACGCAUUAUUUUUGUGUUACAAUAAUAUAGUAUUGUGCGUUCAAAAAAGAAAUUUGACGUAAAAUUUUAACGUGUGAACUUAAUCAAAGUUUCGACAAAAUUUCCGUUCGAUCAAAUUUCCAUCGAUCAAUUUUCCGUUGACGAAAUUUCUUACUAAUUUCCGGAUACGAUCAGUAUGCCAUGCUCUAUACUCAAACAGAUCCGGCGACUGCCAAACAGAUUUUUAAAAUGUCGGACGUAUGGGGGCACGUCCCCCUCUUUAAAAGAUUCGCAUGAAAUCAGUCUUUUUAAGUAUCGCUUGCGUGAAUCCAGAUAAUUAUGCGGAGAGUGGAGGGGUUGUGCGUGUGUGGGGGUGGGGUGGGAGUGGGAGUUGGAUAUUACAAGUUGGACUCUUAUAACGGUCAUCGGUCACGCUUAAAACAAUGUUAUUUUAUAAAAUUCUUUGUUCUGUGUUGUGGGCGCGCGCAAGCUAACUAGCAUGCUGAUGAAAAUCUCGCAUGCAGCAGCAGCGGUCGGCGCCAACGUGAAUAUCAUUAGUCUACGUCGUCGUAUUCAUUGUCCAAUUUAAAUAAGGUUUUUCCUAACCAAUUUCGCCUCCCAGAUUCCCAUCGCUAACCAAAAAAAAAAAAAAAAAAAAAAAUCUAUGAUGGAGUUUUCCGCGACUGCCGGUAUAGCCGCAAGCGUUCUGCUGGCGCUACUGGUGACGUCAUUGAUUGAACAGCUCAAUGCUAACGGUAAGUUUUUUUGUUGUAUUUUUUAAUCAUCAAUAAAUUUGUAUUUUUUUUUCUUAAAAAAUCCAAUGUAAAUAAAUGGGCACAUUUUAUCGAGAAGUGUGUCGAGAAAGGAAAAUCUAAAGUACGUAUCCCCACCCGUCAUUGUUAUACCACUCUUGCUCUAUGGAUCAACAUAUUUGAACUUGGUGACGGGGUAAAAUUGGUUUAUCGCGCCCAAACAACGCCAUAUCUCAGCGUUCUGUACUUACUUAUGCCCCUCAAGGCAUUCUGUACUUACUUAUGCCCUUCUCAGCAUUCUGUACGUACUUAUGCCCUUCUCAGCGUUCUGUACUGACUUAUGCCCUUCUCGGCAUUCUGUACUUACUUAUGCCCUUCUCGGCAUUCUGUACUUACUCAUGCCCUUCUCAGCAUUCUGUACUUACUUAUGCCCUUUUCAGUAUUUUGUACUUUGCCCGCCUGGGGUACUCUCGGUCCUAUUCGUUCAUUUUCAGUUGCUUCCGGGUGUAUCCUAUGCCUCUUCUAGCUAGCGUCUCUGUGUAUUUUUUGUUGGGGGGNGGAAUUGUCUGAUGAUUUUUUGGGGUUUUUUUUGUUUUUUUUUUGAGGGGGGGGGGAGGGGGUUACGAAGAGUUUGCCCCAUCCCACUCCAUUUUUUACCUUGUCAUGAUAUGUCCUUUGCAAUUAGUCUUAUUUGUUGAUGUAUUUCCAUUUUAUGUUCAGGAUCUUUUCUCAGGCAAGUGUUCAUGAAGGUCUGUACUCUCUGCUCGAUGUUCGCUGUUUGAAAUGCUCUCCAAGUUUCCGCUCCAUAGAGUAGGCCUUAUAUGAAAUGUGUUGUGAACAUCUUAACUUAAGUUAGCAGACUCAGCUCCUUUAAUUUAACUAUUUUCUUUUACGUCACAAAGGCCGACUUGCAACAUUUCCAAUCAUGGCCGCACUAUCUGCUUCUGAUCCACGAUUUAUGUCAAGUAGAAGGCCUUGACCUCUUCCAGUGCAUUUCCUGCUAAACAUAUGUGUUCUUUGUUAGCUUUGUUUAUCGUCAUAACCUUUGUCUUUGUUUUUUUUUGUUUUUUUUUUAAUGUUAGAGUCCGAGCUGAAAUAGUGGCUACAUCUCUUGUCUUUUCAUGAAUGUGUUGUUGGUUGCGAGACAGAAGUGCAAUCUCAUCUGCAAAGUCUAUUUCAUUCUGUGGUUCCCAGGGUGUCCACUGUAUUCAGUUUCCAUUUUUGUGUGUCUGUGGAGUCUUGCAUUAUCCAGUCAAUGGCAAGGAUGGAUAGGAAAGGGGGGGGGGCAAAAAACACCCUUAUCUGAGUCUUUUCUGUGAGUCUACGUUCGUGUACCACCCUGCUGGAUGUAAGGGCCGUCGUCACAGCAACUGGGGCCCCGAGCGAAGAAAUUCACUGGUCAUCCCCACCCCCCUCCCAUUUCAAAAAUCCAUUUAGUAUUUUUUUUUUUAAUUUACUACUUAAUUUUUUUUUCCAAAACUAGUCAUAGUACCGAAAAAUUAAUUUGAUAAUCGGAAAACUUGUUUACAUACUCCCCACUGCACCUUUAACGCAACUUAAAUUGCCAAAAGAUAUUUCAUUAUUCAUGAACUCUAUGGGCAGCUUGAUCAACCACCCCCCCCCCAAAACCAGAAGUGCGAGGCCCUGCCCUGGGCAACUGCUCUCUACGCCCAUACCUUAAGAUGGCACUGUUGCAUCUCAUUCCUUCAAACAACUGUGUAUAUCCCCCCCCCCAACCUUAGAUACACCACAGUCACAGAUGUAACAAAUUUUCAUUUCAACUGUCAAGACGUAAAACAGAUGAUUUUGACCCCAUUCAAAUAACACAGUUAGUUAGGUCACACUUACUUCGCUCACUGUCCUGUGACGACUUUGAGAAACUGUUAGUAGCUAAGCCAGAUCUUGUUUUCAAGUGUGACAAUAUGUGAUGCUUGCCCCACUGCUGUGGUUUUCAGCAUACACAAAAAUGUAUCCCUUUUGCAUCAAGUCUCUGUCAUCUAACGAAGUACAAAUGCAAUGUUGAGCUGCAUAAUUAAUUUUUCAUUUCGAAAGGACUAUGCGAAUUAUGCGAUACAGCUGCCAAGGGAAAGCAAUCACUGAUGAUAAACUGAUGCUAAGUGGUGUCACUGCCACAUGAGAGAUGACAGUCAUGCAGUGUCUUGGGAAGGGGGUGCGGAGGGGGCAGUCCGCCCUGGGGGAACUUUUCUUUUCGUAUAUGGAGGGAUGGCAUUUUCACCCCAACUGCAGGUUGUUUUUUGUGGAAGUGGGAUGGCAAAAAAGCUUGACCCGCCCCGGGUGGCUCUAACCCCAGCUACGUCACUGCAAUCAUGAAAACACUCAUGACUGACUUACAUAACAAUUUAAUGACCUUGACUGGCAAGUGGAAUAUCACAGUGUAGCUAAAUUUAAUAACAUUAGCUUUGAACAAUUUCGUGGUGAAAUUUCCUAUUUAAAAAAAAAAAAAAAAUUAAUUAAAAUAACCUUGUAAUUUCCUUUAGAAUCACUUGGUGACCCUUUGAGGUCGUUGUGUGGGCCUAUUCUAUGAAAAACCAGUCUUCACCAAGACAGCUGAACUGCUUUUCACGCUCGCCCCACUUUUCUUUUCUUUUUAAAUUUUCCCAGGACCUGUUGUCUGUUAUCGUAGACUAAAGAAGCCAAACCUAUGUGGCGGUCAUUUGAAAAAAGAGUUAUACUUGGAUUUUGAGUCCUGCUGUGCUGGGAAAGGUCAAGGUUUUGCUGACAGAAAGGUUUCGGUUUAUUUUUUUUUUAUUAUUAUUUUUUUUUUUUUUUGUGCUUAAUUAACUGGGUAACUUUAAAAAAAAAAAUUCUCCCACAUGUAUACCAUAAUUUAGAUUGUAUUUAUUCAAUAAUAUAAAUGACUAUAAAUCUACAUAAGUUUAUAAAGUUAUAUUCAUUAACAUUAGGCCAUGAAUGAUGCAAGAAAUUAAAGAAAUGCAACUGCGAUGCAGACAUGAAGUAGGCCUAUACUUUCAUGCUUUUUUAUUGAAAUCAAGUAGAAGUGUACUAUGAAUUAUACUCUUAAAAUACUUGGGCCUAUAUAAAUUUAUGGAAACAACAAUAAAAGGAGUGAAACUACAGGGUUCGCUGUACGCAAGGUCUGAGGGAAUUUAAACCAUAUGGUCUCCAAUCCUCCAUACAUGCAUGAAUAAGGCUCUAGGCAGGUCUGUUGUCUGUCUGAGUGGGAUGUACGCGAUGCACACCAGGGCCAUGGUAAAAAAUGGGCCUACAAGAUCGAUAUAACAUUUUUUUUAAAGAAUUGUAUUAGAAGUAGCCUACUAUAAGAUAGAUCUGAUCAACUUAUAAACAUACUUUAUGAACAAUAAUUAGACACAUUAAAUUUUGUAAAGUAAUUUGUAAAAGUGCCAAAUGUUCAUGGCACACAAAAUAUAAAGAUAUCAUAUGUGUAACAAAAACUUAUUUAAAAAAAAUACAAAAAUAAUAAUUAUCACAGAAGUACAAAUGUUAUUAAUACAAGGAAUAGUAUUUAAGAAAAUGACCAAUAUCUCUUUAGCUCAAAGUUGGCAAAAACCGAUUCAAGUGCACAUCAUGCUCAGAACUAUUUCCUAAGACUGGAGCACCCAGAGAUUUUGAGGGAAUCACACUGCCAGGAGUGGUAACCACUACUUUCAUGGCCACCAGCACACCCUCCAGCACAGAACACAGCACCAGCACCGACUUCUUCUGGCCAGUACCGGCAAGGCGAGGUUUGUUUUCUGGUGACUUCCUUUCUUUAAACAAAAAAAAAACCCCAAAAUGUGCAGCCCAACAUCCAUUGAUUAGCAAUAAAUCACUUAAAUUUAAAAAAAAGUCUAACAUUAUCAUUUUUAAAAAUAUCAUUAUGAAGUAUCUAAAUCAUUACUGAAAGUAAGUAAAAAAAAAAUGGUUUACACCAUUUUCUCCAGAGUAUCAAGUAGGGCCAGAGCUCCCACCACCAAAAGAUGACAAUGGUCAGCUGAUUGUUUGGGAGUCGUGGUCACCUUGCUCUGUGACUUGUGGCGCCGGUUGGAGGUCACGAGCCAAGGUGUGCGAUAACUGUGACCACAACGAUUAUGAAAAUGUCCAGUCCCAGCCAUGCAUGGUCAAUUUCUACUGUCCAGGUAAACUUGCCUUCUUCUUGGGAUGCGUAUAAAAAAAUAGAAAGCUCCAUUUUAUUUAACUUUUGUGUUUGUCUUCCAUGAUGAUAUUUUAACCUACAUCAAAUUUAAUUUUGAAACAUUUCUCUCAAUUCAUUCCUUUUUUUUUUUUACAGUGGAUGGUAACUGGGGACCAUGGUAUCCAUGGGGUUCCUGUACUACAACAUGUAAUGCCGGCAUACGGAGCAGACAGAGAAAGUGCAAUUACCCACCCCCAGCUUAUGGGGGGAUGACAUGUGAAGGAGAAGGAUUGGCUGAGCAGGAGUGCAACACUCGCCCUUGUCCAGGUCUAUUGGCUAGAAGCAUUUCCUCACAAUGCAUUUUUGUAUAAAUUUAUGUCCUAAACUUUUUAUAUUUAAACAAGUCACUAGAGAAAACCCUUUUCAAAUACAAACAUUGUCUCUCUUUUCAUCCCUUUCACCCUUAAGAAAUGGACGCUUAAAAUUAAAAACCCUUGAAAUUAAAAAAACAACCAAAGAAAAAAACUGAUUCUGAUUUGUUUAUUAAUGUUAUAAAGUUUUUGAGAGAAACACUAAAUCUGUUAAAUACUAGUGCAAGAUCAUAUAAAAUAUUGCACAAUAUUUCAAAUGAAUUUGUUUCCUUACUUCAAAACAGUUGAUGGGUCUUGGAGUGAAUGGUCAGAUUUUUCUGAAUGCAGCACUUCCUGUGGUCCAGGUGUGAGCAAGAGAGUAAGAACUUGUGACUCCCCCUUGCCACAGUUUGGUGGGAAAAAUUGCAUUGGACCUGACAUUAACACCAAGAAAUGUGAAAUCAUUAAAUGCCCAGGUGUGUUGAACUGCCGUGUCUUUAAGGAUGUAAAAAAAAGUAUAACUUUGAAUCUAUUCAAUGUGCAGCAGAUUACACAGUAAAUUAACUAAAGAUAUUUUUUCUUAACAAACAUGUUUUAACUUUUUAUUCAACUUUAAAUUUAUAUCCUGUGUUGGGAAAGGAUCAAAGUAGACAACUAAUAGAAAUAUUUUUUUUUUUCAUUUUUUUUUUCAGUGGAUGGUGGAUGGUCACUAUGGAACUCUUGGAGCUGGUGUACAGCUACUUGUGGUCGUGGAGUUAGGGAAAGGUCAAGGACCUGCGGUAGUCCUAAGCCACAACAUGGUGGGAAAGAGUGUGAUGGACCUCUUCUUGAACAGGAUGUUUGUUAUGGCGACCGCCCUUGUCCAAGUUAGUCUCUAGCAGCAUCUUGUUUAAUAGGCUUUCUUUAAUCUGUCUUAUUAUUCAAAGCAAAGUUGAAAGAAUCUAAUUAAUCUGAAAAGUUUGACAUGUAAAAAAUUCAAGAUAAAAUUUAAGACUUGGGACUAAGCUUUUUAAUGAGCUUUCUUUGGGCAGGCUUUAAAAUUUAAUUAACUCUGAAUGAAAAAAAAAUGGUAAAACACUAAAAAUGGAAGAGAGCAGCCAACAUGGCAAAUGAUUUAACAACUGUCUAUAUAAAAAAAUCGGUAGUAUUACAAUUUAAGGUACAGCUGCCGGAAUAAAUGUUAACAUGCUUAAAGUUCUACUGAAUCAAUUCAAAGCUGAGAUUGCUAAACAUUUCUUUAGUUGAUGGUGGAUGGAGUGAAUGGACUAAAUAUGGCUACUGCAGGGCUGCUCGCUGCAGCAAAGGUCACCAGAUACGCUCUCGUUCUUGUUCCAAUCCUUCACCGGCUCAUGGUGGAAAGUCAUGUCUAGGCCAGCAGUAUGAAAGGACAUCUUGCUUUAAUGACCAAGACUGUCCACGUACGUAUAUAUGUCAUUAUAUUCAUAUGUUUAAAUUUAAAGUUUGGAGAAACUAGUCUUUUUAUAUUUCACCAUACAUAUUUUUUCACCAACAUAUCUUGUUUGUUCACUUACCACUGAACAGGAAUAAUUUUUCAGCUAGCUUGACAUACUUUAUGGACAGCCCCAAAUUUAUGUUCAAAUAUAAAAUUUAAUUUUUACCUUUGAAGUAAGUUAACAUAAUUAUCUUAGGCAAUGGCUCAUGGUGUGCAUGGAGUGAGUGGAAUAGCUGCUCAUCAACAUGUAAACAAGACAGCUUGCAGGGCAGACACAGAAUGUGCACAUGUCCUGCUCCCAAAAAUGGUGGUCUCAAUUGUCAAGGUAAAUAGCUCUGAAUCUUAUGUCUUACUUAGACAAAGAUUUACUAAAGAUUAUCAUUCAUGACAGCCUUUAUUAUAGGAAUUCUUAUACUUAAAGACAGAUUAAGUUUCACAUUUGUGGCUAACUUCAGGACUAUACCAUUAAAAAGGUAAUAAAUAGCUAAUUAAGUCAAACAGUUAAUUGGUGAUUUUAAUUUCUUAUAUUAGUUGUAGGGAAUGGUACAAGGCAAUGAUGUGUAGUAACUGAAUAUGAUUUAUUAUUUGUCUUCAUAUCAGGUGACAGUUUACAAGUCCGAAGGUGUGAGGCCCUUCCAAAUUGUAAUAUUUCGGGUAAAGUUUUACAUGAUGAAGUACAUGACUACAGUAACUAGCUGAAGUUUUCUGUCCUAUUAUAUUUAUAAUGCUAUAGAGCAAAAAGUGAAUUAGUUUACAUUUUUUAUUUUUUAGGAUCAGGUAUCUUUAUCACAUAUUAUAAUUUCUUUUUAAUUAAAAAAAACAAACAUUUAGUGAAUAAACUGCAUUUUCGCUUAAAAAUUAACUUCCAUUUAAAAAUAAUUAACUUGAUGAAUACAAUGUAAGAAAAAACAACACACUACAGAAUUUACAAAAUUAUUUUGUUGUUGCUCCCUUUCAUUUUGAAGUUAAACAAAAUGUAUCAUAAUGAAAAAUAAUUUAAUUUUUUUCCCCAGAACUAUCUGAGGUUUCUGGGGAUGGUGCCACUUAUGAUGAGGUAAUUUCUCAUUGGUUAUUUCUAAACCCAACAUUGUAGAAACUGUAAAAACACCUUUCACAUUAAAAAAAAUUAAAGCGAAUAAAUUCUUCUUCUUCUAUAUUUUAAGGGCCCACGAUCAAUAUUGAUCAUUCUGGCUCCUAUUAACUUUACAGAGCCAGGGUAACUUUGACUAACAAAAAAACUUAUUUAUUUGAAUACUGGGUCUUCAUGAUGAUUUCUCAGAAAUGGGCCAAGUGUUUUUAAAAUAUAAAGCUGACUUUUUAUGUUUAAAGCAAUUGAUUUGUUUGAUUCCUUGAACACUAUCAAGUUACAAGAUCAAAUUUAAGGUUUAUGUCCUACUGUGAUACCAAAUUAUUUAUUGUGUGUUUUACAGUGUCUUCUAUGUGUAAGAAAAAAUGGGAACAUUGGUUUUUCAAAUUUACUUUAGCUUUUUUGUUUUACUUUGAUUUAUACCAUUUUAUUUUGACAGGAGUUGGAAGUGGCAGGUGACAGCCUCUCCAGCCCAGGAGACACUACCACCAACCUAAGUGGUCAAGCAAAUAGGAAUGAGACGAAGGCCAAGGUUGACAUGGGAAGAAAUGAAACAUCAGAAACGAUAAGCUAGUAACCACAGGCACAGAAGCAAAGUGUGACAAGAGAGGGAAGUUCUCUAGUUCUUUACUCAAUUCAAAUUUAAGAUGUUCUUCCUUGUCAUCUUUUAAAAUGUAGGCACGUAGAAACAAAUUUUACACAAUUUAUCUGAGAAUGUUUUCCCUUUUUGACUAUCUUCUUUAAUCACAAUUAAUAAUAAUUAACUGCCAAAAUUUCUAGCCAACUGCUAAACUUUACUGGAAAAUACAAAGGCAUAAAUGAUGUGUAAAUAAGAUGCGUCCAGAAAUAAUGAAAAACAUGGAAAGCAUUUUCUGACCUGAACUCAGAAGAACGAAGAGAUGGGAUGAGAUUGUCAAAAAUUCCUCUCAAAAAGAAUCAGUAGCUCGAUUAGAUGAGUUUGUAAAAUAUUCCUCUAAAAAAUAAUCAGUAGCUCGAUUGAUUAUUUUUAAAAAAAAACUCUUUCAAUUGUCAUUAUGUUUUGUGGAUUAAUUGCUUCAUUGUGACCAGUUGGUUUAAGUAACACUACAUUACUACAAUUAGCUUUUCAACCCAGUAACUGUGGAGGCAAAUUAUUAUUUUUUUUAUGAAGAGCAAGAGCUUUCUAUUUCUAUUUGUCAUUUUCCAUUGUGGCAAAUGUGCUCAUUUCCUGAAAUUAAUGUUAACAUUAAUAUUUAUCAAUCUUAAUUUUUUUAUUUUAAAAUUAUAUUUGAUGAUUUUGAAUCUUUGUUUACUGCCUUAAUAAACAUGAAUGUUUUUUUAAAUACCAUUUUGUAUUGGUGUAAAGAUGACUGGGACUCAAACCUCUGAUUAGAAGCUGUUUCAGUAGUUUUUUUGCUUGAGCAAUUAUGUGCCAAUCACACAGUUGUGGCACUGCAGGCAAAUUAAUUUUAAAGACAUGCUAUAAAUAAGCUGUCUCAAUUUUAAAGCAACAUUCCUUAAAUUUAUCUACUGUGCAACCAAGCCUAAAUUUUCAUAGUUAUACAGUUCAGCUGUCCUUCAGCUCAAAUAAUUUUAUAAGUGUAUUUUUAAACUUCAAAUAAAUACCACAAAACAGAACAAAUAAAUAAAGAUUUAAAAAAAUAUCUUUUAUUAAUUUUACCAUUUACAGGUAACAAAAAGAAAACUAACCAAAACGAAACCGAUCGGUGAAAUAAAAAUAUGAUGAUGAUUUGAUAAAAAUGAAAUGGAAGAAAACAUUUUUUUUUAAUAAAAGGGAUUGAAAUAUUAGACC